GGUAAGCGCGAAACCCGGAGGAAGCUCUGUGCCUGGAGGGGACCCGCCGCCAUCUCAGGUCUCAGCCUCGCGGGGCCCACCACAGAGAGCUGACGCCCUGUCCUAAGAAUCCUUAUGGGUGACCAACCUUGUUUCUCCGGGAGAUCCACGCUCCCACCUGGAAACACGCGGGAAACCAGGCCUCCAAAAAAGCGCUGCCUCCUAGCUCCACGGUGGGAUUAUCCAGAGGGAACCCCCAACGGAGGUAGUACCACUCUUCCCUCUGCACCUUCUCCUGCAUCACCCGGCCUGAAGUCGCACCCUCCUCCUCCGGAGAAGUAGUAGAAUGUACUUCUCCCACCCAAACCAGUCUCUGAGGGAUUGCAGAAUGACUCCAUUUCCUUGGUGCAUUCAUAAAAUGGUUCACCCUGUGAAGAUGAUGAAGACUAUUGACAAUGCUGCCCUGAUUUUUCUGAUGUCCUAUACCAGGUAAUUGUGUUUUUUAAGGUACUUUCUUUACCAAAAACUUAUUAAGGGAGGAAGAGGAAUAAGAGUUGUAAAAAUAAAUAGCCAAACAAAAAACAAAGCUAGCACAAAAUGGUAAAAUUGAAACUAUUUUCUACAUUUUAUAAAACCAUACAUACCAUAUAAUAAUAAUGUAAUUUAUAAGCUGCUUUGUUAAAUUCACUCCUAAUUUACCUUAUAGUUUUUGUUGUUAGUGUGAAAUGUAUUUAAAUUUUUUUUAAUGUUUAUUUAUUUUUGAGAGAGAGAGACACAGAGUACAAGUGGGGGCAGGGUCAAAGA